UCUUUUCAUUAUUUUUCCUUUUGGAUAACAGAGCAACGUCUCCUAUGGUUUUCUUACAUUCUCCGCAAAUUUUUCAUAUGGGUCUUCUGUUUUUUAUCACCAUUUUCGCCGCAAACUGUUGAAUUAGCAGAGACUUCCGCUUCAAUUGGUCCCAAGGGCGCUGUUGUAGUUCUUUCACUCGGGUUCAGUUGCCCACCGCCCCAUGGGACAGUGCUGGACUAAGGCAUGCGGUCAAGAGAAGGAAGAUGUCCCUCCCACUUUUGGGCUUGCUAGUGGAAACGUUUUCCUUGUGAAAUCAAUGGAGAAGUGGGAAGAAAAGAUGUCUGAAGCCAGUGACAGUGGCAAGAUCAUGGUGGUAAAUUUCAGUGCGUCAUGGUGUAACCCCUGUAGAACAGCAGCACCAGCCUAUCAUGAACUUGCUGAUAAAUACACUUCAAUAAUAUUUCUAACUGUGGAUGUCGAUGAGUUAGCUGAGUUAAGUACUUCCUGGGACAUAAAAGCUACUCCAACCUUCAUUUUCUUUAGAGAUGGACGGCAAGUGGACAAACUAGUAGGUGGCAACAAGCAAGAGCUACAAAAGAAGACAGCGAAUAUCGCCGAGUCUACAAGGUCCCUGGGUUGAUUUACUGUUGCUUCGCUGCAGUAGGAAAAAUAUGAACACGAAAACGCUAUUAUAAGAAUUCUGGUUUUGUCACUUUAAUUUUGCGUUUUACUGCUCCAACAACAUUUUUACAUGUGUCUAUGCAUAUUAAGCAAAGUACUGGGAUAUUUAAAGGAAGUAAAAUUUGCAGCUUGGAAAGGGAACUCGUAUGGGGCUACACCAUAGUUUUGUUACCCCAAACGCGAGGAAGUAAAUGGCAAUACCAAUACAGUUAGUCAGUUACCAAGAGAAACAUAUAUGCUGUAGUUUACUUAUCCUCAAUCUGUAGUUUACUCUCCAGAAUUUAAGAAAUCUGAAAUAAAUGAGAACCUAUUACUGCUGGGAUUUCUUCUUCCGUAUGGGCAGAGAUCCAUACAGAAACUACGUAUCGUGGUUUUCAACACAUACUCAAAUCCAAGGUUAUAGCGUGGAGGCGUGGAAGAUCACUUGAUGUUGCCCUCUUUGAAAGGUUAUAUCUCAGGAGAAGAUAGAGGAUUUGAUGUUUUCGACAAAGCAAGCCAGUGGACAAAGGAACACAGGAUGAGGGCAAGGAUGUGACUUUCAGUAGGGGACGAUGAAAUAAUAGGCUAUGACUUCAACAAUUCAAUGCAGAACACACUUUAUUGUUGAUGUCAUUCAUUUAUAUACAUACCACCAAA